AUGUCCGAUGACGAGCAACACAACCAGACCUUCGAGCAGGCCAGUGCUGGGGCCUCUUUGACCUUCCCCAUGCAAUGCUCUGCACUUAGGAAAAACGGACACGUUGUUAUCAAAGGCCGCCCUUGCAAAAUCGUUGAUAUGUCCACUUCCAAGACUGGAAAGCAUGGUCACGCCAAGGUUCACCUUGUUGCUAUUGACAUUUUCACCGGCAAAAAGCUGGAAGAUAUCUCUCCCUCCACCCACAACAUGGACGUUCCCCACGUCCGCCGCAAUGAAUACCAACUUAUCGACAUUGAGGGUGAUGGUUUCAUGAACUUGAUGACUGCGGAUGGCACCCUCAAGAGCGAUGUCAAAGUUCCGGAGGGUGACAUUGGAAAAGCGAUUCAGGAAGAUCACGAACAAGGCAAGGAGAUACUCGUCACCAUCGUUAGUUCGAUGGGUGAAGAGCAGGCCAUCCAACACAAGGUCACCUAG